UGCUCGAGUGAGUUAUACAUGGCCUUAAUUCUCGCAACCAGCAACGGGUCUUCUCCAGCCCCAGUUGCUAAUCCAGAGACUACUCGCCGAACUGCAAAUUAUCAGCCUAGCAUUUGGGCCAAUAGCUUCAUCGUGAGCAACACCCCUGAGGAUGAGAUAACUCUGGCCCAUAAUGAGCAGCAGUUGGAAGAUCUAAAGGAGGAAGUUAGAAGAGAGCUGAUAGCUGCAGCUAGUAACCCUUCAGAACAGAUAAAGUUUAUCGAUGCAGUUCAACGGCUUGGGGUGGCAUACCACUUUGAAAAGGAGAUAGAAGAAGCAUUACAAAAUACCUAUAAUAACUAUCAUGGCAUUGAUGACAUAAAUGAUGAUCUCUAUGAUGUUGCACUUCGAUUUCGACUACUAAGACAACAAGGCUUCAAUAUUUCAUGUGAUAUAUUCAAGAGGUACAAAGAUGAAAAGGGAAGGUUCAAGGAGUCUUUGAUCAAUGAUCCAUGUGGCCUACUAGGCUUGUAUGAAGCUGCACAUCUCAGGGUGUGGGAAGAAGAUAUACUAGAUGAAGCACUUGCUUUCACCACCACUCACCUCAAGUCUAUUGUAGAACAUUUAGAAUACCCUAUUGCAGCACAAGUAACUCAUGCCCUAGAGCGGCCCAUUAGGAAAGGCUUGGAGAGGCUAGAGGCAAGGGCUUUCAUGUCUAUCUACCAAGAUGAAGCUUCACAUAGUAAAGCUUUACUGAAGUUUGCAAAGUUAGAUUUCAACCUACUGCAGUCAUUGUAUAAGAAAGAGCUGAGUAAUAUCUCGAGGUGGUGGAAAGACCUAGAUUUCUCUUCAAAGCUACCUUUUGCCAGAGAUCGAUUGGUAGAAGGGUACUUUUGGAUAGCAACAUGUUGUUUUGAGCCCCAGUACUCAUAUGCUAGAAGAAUACAGACCAAAUUACAUGCUCUGAUAACAACUAUGGAUGAUAUAUUUGAUGCAUAUGGAACAUUUGAAGAACUGGAGCUCUUUACAGAGGCAAUGGGGAGGUGGGAUAUUGACAGCGUACAUCAGCUUCCUGAAUACAUGAAACCAUGCUAUCAGGCAGUCUUAGAUGUCUACAAAGAAAUUGAGGAGAUGGAAAACACAGAAAGAUCAUACUGUGUCCACCACACAAAAGAUGCAAUUAAAAGCUUGGUCCAAGCUUACUUGGUUGAAGCCAAAUGGUUGCAUGGAAAAUACAUACCGACAAUAGAAGAGUACAUGGCUAUCGCAAUGGUAACAGUUGGUGUCCCCGUGUUAACAAUCAUGUCUUUUAUUGGCAUGAGAGAGACUGCAACCAAGGAAGUCUUUGAUUGGCUGCUACAAAACCCUAAGAUUGUUAGAGCUACCUACAUAAUCAUUAGGCUCAUGGAUGACAUGGCUUCCCACAAGUUUGAGCAAGAGAGAGAGCAUAUUGCAUCAAGCAUCGAAUGUUACAUGAAGCAACAUGGUGUGUCGGAGCAGCAAGCAUAUGAUGAGUUUCACAAGCAAAUCGAGAAUGCAUGGAAGGAUAUAAAUGAAGAGUGCCUCAGACCUACUGCAGUUCCAAUGCUUCUCCUUAGUCGUCUUCUCAAUUUUGCUCGAUCAGGAGAUGUGAUGUACAAGAGCCACAAAGAUAUAUUCACACAUCCUGGAGAAGUGACGAAAAAUAAUAUUUCAAUGCUGCUCAUAGACCCUGUGCCAAUAUGAGAGUGGAGAUAUAUGUGACACAAAUAAAGAUAGUAUACUCUAGCUUCUGUUUCAUGUUCUACAGUAUACUAUGUUUGGAACAAACGCUUUCUGGUUUCUUCAAUUCCUGCUUGGUGGCUUUGGUCUAUUGACGUCUGUCUGGUCUAUUAAAAUUUCCCAUAUUUCAAUAUUAUGACGACAAUAUUAUAAAUAAA